AUGAUAGAGUCCAAUCAUAAUCCACCUCUCCUCCAUGACUAUACUCAACUUCUACAACGGUCUCGUGAUUCAGUUGAAACAAAGCAACGCAUUAAUUACGAACAGGAGAUGGAAGAAUGUGGCCUUCCCCUUGUGGAUCUUGGUGGGUUGUGGAGCAUGAAUGAGGAAGAGAGCGUUUCUUGUGCGUCAGAAAUAUGUAAAGCUUCCGCUGAAUGGGGUUUCUUUCAGAUUGUUAACCAUGGAAUAAGCCUGGAACUUCUUAGGAGGAUGAGAAAGGUACAGGUUGAGUUGUUUAAAGCACCAUUUGAACAGAAAAUAGCUUCCGGGCUUCUUGAUAAUUCGUAUAGGUGGGGAAACCGAACUGCUACGUGUCCAAAACAACUAUCAUGGUGUGAAGCUUUUCAUGUUCCACUUUCGAAGAUUUCUGAUGAAACUUGCUAUGGAGAGUUCAGCUCGUUGAGGGAAGUGAUGCAAGAAUAUGCUGGUGCAAUGCAAGAACUUGCAAAGUCAAUAGCCCGAGUGCUUGUGAUGAAUAUGGGCGGAGGACGAAGUUUGUGGGAAGACAACUGUAACGAGAGUACCUGUUUCAUGAGGCUGAACCGAUACCCUUCAUGCCCCAUCUCUCCGGAGGUUUUUGGACUUGUACCCCACACAGACAGCGAUUUUCUUACAAUUUUGCACCAAGAUGAACAUGUUGGUGGGCUUCAACUAAUGAAAGAUUCCAAAUGGGUGGCAGUAAAACCCAACCCUGAUGCCCUUGUUGUUAACAUUGGUGACCUUUUUCAGGCAUGGAGCAAUGACGUUUACAAAAGCGUGGAACACAAAGUAACGGUGAAUCAGGAAGUGGAGAGGCACUCCAUAGCCUACUUCUUGUGUCCUUCUUAUGAAUCGUUCAUUGGUUGUUGUGAUAAAGAAAGUUCCAUUUACAGAAGGUUCACAUUUGGAGAGUACCGAAGGCAGAUUCAAGAAGAUGUUAAAGACUAUGGUCACAAGGUUGGCCUACCAAGAUUUCUUGUAUCUACCUGA